AUGGAGGCCUCCAUCAAUGAGAGGCAUCUCAAAGACUUCGUCCGCCUUCUUCAAUGUGCAAGCAGGUAUGGAGAGGAGCUAUGUAUCCACGCCAAUAAGGAUCACUGGGAGCUCGCAGUGACCAACUCGUCCAAAUCCGCCUUCUGCCUCUUCAAGCUCCAACCUCGCUUCUUCUCUCGAUACAAGGCACUGGGAACUCCUUCUGAGCAGAGGAAAGGCGUCAAGUACAAGCUCUUGGUGAAGAGCGUACUUGCCGUAGUCAGCAAGACAUCGACCACAGCAUCCAUCGAGCGGCUCGAUCUGAAGAUCUACGACCCGACUGGCAAUCUCCGAGCCCGGUCGAGUAGCGCUUCCGCCUCAAGUGGUACCGUUGGCGAUACUACCGGCUCGAACCUUAGUCACCACUUUGACGAUGACUAUCACGAGGAGAUCAACAUGCGGGGUAGUGUGCUGGUCGUCAGGCUGGUGUGCAAGCAUGGCGUGACCAAGAAACACACCCUCAACCUUGGCUCGACCGAUUUCGACCGCGCCAUCGUCGAUCCCGACUCCACCCCUUCCUCAUUUACCAUAUCCGCUCGUACACUCCGAAACUGGCUCGACCACUUCUCCCUCACGUCCAACUCUGGCUCGUCAGCCCACAAUCCCGCUCGAGCGGAGAAUCAGCUGGGGUGGAUGUUUGGCAAGAAUGAAGUCAGGCUCAAGAGCUGGGCGGGGUCGGAUAAGGAUUUGUGUACCGAGAUCAAGGUGGAUGUGGCGGAAUUUGGGACGGACAGGGAGGGACAGGACCGGUAUUGGGUGGAGCAGGAGCGGGUGGAUUUGACACUGCCAAUGAAGGAGUUCAGGGCUACUCUACAGCUCGCCGAUAGCAUGUCCAUCGACCUCACUAUCGCCUUCUCCGAAUCUUCUCAGCCACUCACCAUGGUCUACACCGGCGGCGAGGAGGACGACUUUGACAUCUUCUGCGCUAUCGCCACGAUGGCAUGCGACGCCUUCCCCGUCGAUCUCGGCCGACCAGCCGCUAAUGGACAAGCGCCGGCCCCGCCUCCAGUCGGCGGUCUCGAUCCGAAAGGUCGGCGCAUUGUCAGCGAUCUUACCGAAGACGGUCAUCCUCAGCGCCCUGGGCCAGAGCAGGCGGAAGGGAGCGUCCAGCGACAACGGUCGCAAACGCCUAGUAGGCGGACAUCUCGGCUCGAGCUCACGCCGAGUAAUCGGGUCGGGUCGGAGCGGCCCGCGGUGGUUUACAAUUCUCAGCCGACUCAGGCGCAGGGGUGGCGGUCAUCCCAGGUCGGCAACGGUGUCGGGUCAUCUCAGCUGGGGCAUGGUGGAGGAGCCGGAUCUUCGCAGGUUGGGAAUGGCGAGCCAGGGCUGGGAGACGUGGGAGAACCGCUCUUCCUUGCAAAUAGUCAGGAGGAGCAGGACGAGCCGAUGCCUGCCCAGUCGCAGCGGAUGACGCAGGAGGAGGCUCUUCAGAGAGCAGGAAUCUCGCAGGCCGACGUGGAUAGCUUCCUGAACGAGGCGGAUGCGGAGGAUGACGAGGAGUGGAACAAAGCUCGACAAGCCCAGCAGCUAGCUGGGAAAGCUGAGCCCGAGAUGCCCGGUCCAGACGACUGGGACGACGCGGACCUCCAGCACGAAGGCGGCCGAUUCGAAGCGGACAAUUCGGUCUUUGACGACAUGUCCUUCAAUCCACCAUCCUCCAUGCCCACUACUAUCCCUCGUCAUCCCGGGCCCCCGCCCCGCCUCUCUCCUGCCAAACGCGCAUACACAUCGCCGACUCGACAACCUCUCCCGGCCAAGACGUCUACUCGGUCCGAGCGUCUUCCGACGCGAUCGCCGCCUACACGGGUCGAACGGGGCCGGUCAGCGCAAAGCGUGCGGGAUAGUACAGGGGCGGGACCGUCAGGCCGGGCAAGUCUCAGCAGGAGUAGGAGCCCGCUCAAGGUCACGCCGAUAGCGAGGAUGCAGGCGAGAGUGAGGAGUCAGACCGAGGAGGAGCGGGAAGAGAUGGGUGGGGUGGAGGUGGGCCCGUCGAGAAGUUCAGAGAGGGAAAUGAGGACGCCGCCGACGGGACAGGGGGCGAUGCUGCAGGGGGAUGAUCAGGACGAUGAUGAGGAGAUGGCGCAGUCGCAGAGGAGUCCGGAUGGAUUCCAGGCCUUCUUCGAUGAUUGA